AUGCGCUGCCAGCUCGCGGCCGCGUGCCUGCUCCUCGCCUCCUCGGCGGCGCCGACCGACCUGACAUUGGACGGCGUCGUCUACGUCUCGCGCCACGGCGUGCGCGCGCCCUACGGGCCCAUCGUCGACGCGGCAGGCACGGCGGCGGCCAACGACGACUGGAGCGCCUGGACGAGCAAGGCGGCGAAGAACGCGGAGGACUACGGCAUGGACGCCGACGCCUUCGCCGCGCAGGAGCUCACGCCCCACGGCAUGGCGCUCAUGCCGCUCCUGGGGUCCUACGUCGCCGACCGCUGGCGGGCGCUCGGCCUCGACGUCGGUGGCGACUGGGCGGUCUUCGCCGACGACUCGACGCGCGACUGGCAGACGGCGGCGCUCUGGCUCGAGGGCGCGGGCCGCGGGGACGUGCCCGUGCGCGUCGGCAACGCGUCGCUCCCGAACCUGAUCCCCGUGCUCAGCGACAGCGUGCUCUACGGCGCGGGCGCGGACGCGACGGAGGAGCAGACCCUGGGCCUCUUCGGCGGCGACGUCGCCGCGCUGACGGCGGCCUACGAGGACGACAUGGCCGACAUCGGCCGCGCGCUCGGCUUCGCCGACGACGCGCCGAUCUGCGCCGCGCUCGGCGUCGCGGACGACUGCGCCAUCGCCAACUUGCCCUACAAGUUCACGGGGAUCUACUGGCAGGGCAUGUUCACCUGCCCCCUGUACUACGCCCAGUUCUUCGCCGAGGCCUGGAUGUUCGAGUACCUCAGCGGCGUCGACGACUUCGCGUUCGGCGCUCUGACGGGCAGCGAGGUCGCCAAGCUCUACGACGUCGUCGCCUUAUUCGUCCACGACACGAACCAGCUCUACCUGCGCAAGCUGCUGGGCCUCCAGUGGAUCGCCCGGGGCUGGCAGGGCAACGCGGCGUCGACGGGCGGCGCGCUGUCCUUCGAGCUCCACUGCGCGGGGACCCAGGGGGCGGCGGACCGGCGGUGCUUCGUGAAGACGCGCUACACCGUCGCGUCCCCGCGCCAGCAGCGCGAGGCCACCGUGCUCGACGCGACGACGCCGCCCUCGGAGGCCGUGCUCGUGCUCCCGGGCUGCGGCGUCGAGCUCUGCCCCCUCGCGGCGUUUGUCGGCGUCGUUUUAGACGCGGUCUGCUUCGACUGCGUCGGCGACCCCGUGCGGACCGUGCUGGGCCGCCUCGCGGACCACGCGGCGGAGCCGCCCGCGGAGGAGGCCUGCGACGCGGCGCCGGCGUGGCAGCAGGCGCUGAGCCUGCUGGGGGCCGCGGCCUUCGGCGCGAGUCUCGCGCUCUUCGUCGCCUGGUGCCUCCGCGUGCGCCGCCACCGGCGCGCGCGCCAGGCGCCGAGCCUCCUCGGCGCGUCGCGCCAGGCGCCCGCGGGCGAGCGCCUCACCCUCGUCGAGAGCGGGACGGUGCUGUAA